AUGUUGGAAUUUAAAGAUAAGCAGCCUCUCGAGUCGACAGGUACGCUUAAAAACGAAGAUUUGGAACUAGAUGAAUCCAUUGACUCAUUACCUUAUGUUGUGAAGAAGAUGAAGAUAGGAGAGGAUAGAAUUGAAAUAGCCGAAGAAAUCAAACAUGUAAGUCACGAACAUGACUUAAAGCUUACAGAGGAGCUUUUGAACAGCAAAAAAUGUGAUGGGUGUAUGCAUCCUAUAUUCCCUCAUCCGUUUUACAGUUGUGCUCAAUGCAGAUUUUUUCUUCAUAAAUCCUGUGUUGAAUUACCCAGAAAAAAGCGACACCCACUUCACCCCCACCUCCUCACCCUCUUCACAGAGCCACCUUAUUAUUCUGGCGCCUUCUUUUGUACUCUUUGCGGUCGUGAUUGUGAUGGCUUCACCUACAAUUGUGAGAAAUGCGAGUUUGAUGCAGAUGUCCAAUGCAGUUUGAUCUCAGACAUCUUUACCCGGGACGUUCUCGAGCACCCGCUUAUUCUGUCAAGGGCACCCUAUAAUGAGAAGUGUAGUUGUUGUGAUCAUGAAGGAAAAGUAUUCAAGUGUGCUGAUUGUGAAUUCACUUUGGAUUUAAGAUGCGCUACACUACCGCAUAGGGUGAGAUACCGAUACUUUGAACAGCCCUUCAAAUUGUGUUAUAACGCUGAAGAUGAUUCUGAUGAUGAUGAAUAUUACUGUGAUAUUUGCGAAAAAAAACGAAAUCAAAAGUACUGGUUUUACUACUGUACAGAUCUUAGUUUUUAUGCUCAUCCUGAUUGCAUUCUUGGAAAAUCUCCGUAUAUGAAAUGA